AUGCAAACGAAGGAGUUAAAAAUUGCUAGAGACAAUUUUCUUGAAACUUAUCGGAAGAGGCUUCAUAAAAAAGUAGCGGUUCUCUUAAAGCUGGUGUUUACGGCUAGGAUUAAAAAUCUUUUCACUCAGAGAUUCAUGAUCUCACAAGUAGGAAAACCUGAUGUUUCAUUAUGGAUCGAAGAUAUUGCAAAAAAACGUCUGACUGUUGCGAAUACUGUUGUAGAAUUUAAAUAUGCAAAGUGUCGCGUACGUCAGCUUAAAGGCCCUAAUCAUUUUCCCUCAUUGGAUGAAGAUUUUGAAGACAAAACUCAUGAAACAAUUCUGAAGUCUGACACUAAAAUGGGAGUUCUUUAUUGGAUGAUACGUGAUCAAAGAGUGCAAGAUAAUUGGGCUUUCUUAUUCGCUCAGCGGUUAGCAUUGAAAUUUAAAGUCCCUCUACAUGUUUGCUUCUGUUUGGUUCCGAAAUUUCAAGCUGAAACACUAAGACAUUAUACGUUUAUGGUUGAGGGACUCAAAGAAGUGGAGAAAGAAUGUCGUGAACUUUGUAUACCGUUUCAUAUUACCUCAGCUACCACUGAUAGCUGCGUAGCAGACAACCAACCGGUCAAGACAGGUAUCAAGCGUAAAUUACCAGAAUCAUCAAAUAAUUAUUGUUACGCUGAUACAGUCGCACAGUCCAUUCUAAAUUUGGUACAAAAUAUUAAUAUCAGUUGUGUGAUAACAGAUUUUUCUCCGUUACGUGAACCUACAGCUUGGAUAAAAAAGUUGGCUGAACUGCUACCAGAAUAUAUUCCCUUUUGUCAGGUUGAUGCACAUAAUGUUGUUCCUGUGUGGCACGCAUCAGACCACUUAGAAUAUGCGGCUCGUACAAUUAGGCCUAAAUUGCAUCAAAAAGCAAACAAUUUAAUGACCGAGUUUCCACCAUUGGCCAAACAUCCCUACUGUCAUCAGUCAAAUUUAUCACCAAUAAAUUGGGAUCACUGGACAUCGACAUUUUCGGGAGAUCUGUCAGUCAAGCCAAUUGAUUGGGCAGUUCCAGGAACCAAUGGGGGUCUCAAAACAUUGCACACAUUCAUUUAUGAAAGACUGUCUAAAUACGCUGAUUGUCGUAAUGACCCUACGAAAAAUUGCUUGAGCGACUUGUCGCCUUGGUUCCAUUACGGCCAAAUCGCACCACAGCGGGCGAUCAUGGAAGUAAAACUUUGGCGCCAUAAGUACAAAGACUCUGUGGAUGCUUUUGUGGAGGAAGCCUUUAUUCGAAGGGAGCUCUCGGAUAACUUCUGUUAUUACAACCCGAAAUAUGACUCAAUGGAAGGUCAGUGCAACUUAUAUGGUUUUCAAGUUAAUUUCCAGCCACAAUGAUAACCCAAAACCGUAAUCCUCAUGCUUUUGUAGAAACAAGCUAAUCCCAUGUAGUAAAUUAGAUACGUUUUGUAAUCUGUUAAUUUGGGAGGAACUGUCGCGACAAAUACAACCUAUCUCAUUUUAAGAGGAUACUCAUGAAGAUCGCAUGGCUUUCUAAGCGGAAGCCCUAUAACUGUCAAUGUUCACAUCAUACUUCUGAUGUGACAAAUAAUCAGCGAUCACGUAAGGUGGGUUAGAUUUCAUAUUUUGAUUACAACAAGGACAAAGUUCGCACAUUCGGCACAGCAUGCUUGUUUUUUGUAACGCUCUUUAUCUAGUGUAGAGUGGAUAUGUUUUAUUUAACAAAUACUUCCUUGUUACUAGGGGCGUGGAAAUGGGCUCAAGACACUCUCAUGCAACAUGCUCACGACAAACGUAACCCCUCAUACAGCGAGGAAAUUAUGAUUAAAGCUGAAACUAAAGACGAUCUGUGGAAUGCUGCGCAGCGUCAACUAGUACGAUCAGGCAAACUUCAUGGAUUCCUGCGUAUGUAUUGGGCUAAGAAAAUAUUGGAGUGGCAUGAGUCUGGCCCAGCUGCCGCUCUCAGGCUAGCACUUUACCUCAACGACCAUUACGCACUGGACGGUUCUGACCCCAAUGGAUUUGUUGGUGUUAUGUGGUCAAUUUGUGGUGUUCAUGAUCAAGGUUGGGCAGAAAGACCCGUUUUUGGGAAAAUCAGAUGCAUGACGUACAAAGGAUGUUUAGGCAAGUUUUCUGUACCCACGUUUGUUGCACGAUACCCCAAGUAGUUGUAACCAAAUAAAAAGCUUUACUCUU